AUGAACCUGAGCAGGGACAUUUCUGAACUUGCCAUGGAGACCAUCGUCUCCUCUGUGACACUCCUGCCCUUUGGGUCUGAUCCAGAACUAAGUAAAGUAAUUAGUAAUGCUUCGCUCAGCUGUAACCAAAGUGAAAUCAGUGCAGAGCCAUUGUUGAUCAGCAACCUGUCAGCUAGUGGUGGCUCCGGCCAAGGCACAGGGGGCUGUCCGACUGAAGGGGCAGAGCUUCAGCAGAAGAACUGGGCAGCACUCCUGAUCUUGACUGUGGUGGUCAUCACUGUCACAGGGAACAUUCUGGUCAUCAUGGCGGUCACUCUGGAAAGGAAGUUGCAGAAUGCCACCAACUACUUCCUCAUGUCACUGGCCAUUGCUGAUAUGCUAUUGGGCCUCCUGGUCAUGCCCGUCUCCAUGGUUACCAUCUUGUACGGUUACUCUUGGCCACUCCCUGCCAUUUUGUGUCCGGUAUGGAUCUACUUUGAUGUGCUGCUGUCCACUGCAUCCAUUAUGCACCUCUGUGCCAUAUCUCUGGACCGCUAUGUGGCCAUCCGAAACCCCUUCAGUCAUACCCGCUCCAACUCCCGCUCACGUGCCCGUGCCAAGAUAGCUGCUGUCUGGACCAUCUCGGCCGGUAUCUCCAUGCCCAUCCCAGUCCUGGGUCUCCGUGACCAGACCAAAGUUUUCAAAGAUGGUAGUUGCUUUCUGACAGACAACUCCUUUGUGUUGGUUGGGUCUUUUGUGGCCUUCUUUGUGCCAUUGACCAUCAUGGUGGUGACCUACUUCCUGACCAUCAGUGCCCUGCAGAGUGAAGCCACACUAUGCCUUGACCAGCUGGUGCCACGACCCAGAUGGAGCACUGGGUUAACACUCAGCUUCCUACCUGGCCCUGCCCUCUCACCAUCUGAAAAGAAGCAGUUUCUGCGCCGCUCUCUGAGCCGUGAGGAAGGAGGUGGGGUCUCGCCAUUUGGACGUCGUGCCGCCCAGUCCCUUGGCAAUGAGAGGAAGGCUUCUAAAGUUCUGGGUGUAGUUUUCUUCCUUUUUGUGAUUAUGUGGUGUCCAUUUUUUGUUACAAAUGUUUUGGCAGUAGUAUGCCAGCCUGCCAGGUGCCGUGGUGACAUUGUGGGUAGACUGCUCAAUAUUUUUGUGUGGGUGGGCUACCUGUCUUCUGCCAUCAACCCGCUGGUCUACACACUCUUCAACAAGACCUAUCGCUCAGCAUUUGCCAGAUAUGUGCGAUGUCAGUACCGUGAGGAAAGGAAACCAUUACAGCUCAUUCUGGUCAAUACUAUUCCCCCACUAGCCUAUGAAUCUACACACCUACCACUGGCUGGACCUCUGGGCAAUGGAGACUUCUCUCCACAACUUCCAAAUAAAAAGCCUCACCCCUGUAACAAAAUCACAGAUGAAAGUAUUAGCUGUGUGUAGAUUAACACUUGAACUGAGGAAAAUUCUGCAGGAGGUGUAUUUUUAUCAUAACCU